AAGCAGCAAAAAUAGAAAGAGAAUUGCAGAAAAAGAUGUCAUCUAAAGUAAUUAUUACACGUAUUGCACGAAACAAACGAAAAUGCGUCACAAAUGUGUAUGGUUUAGAAAAUUUUGCUGCUAAAUCAUUUGCAACAAAGUUCGCUUGUGGUUCAUCAGUUGUUAAGAAUAAUCAAGGAAAUGAUGAAAUCGUAGUGCAAGGAGAUGUUUCAGAUGAUUUAUUUGAUUUUAUAUUAGAGACAUGGAAAGAU